AUGCAUUUUGCUAGUAUUCAGUUCCCUUUUAAAUAUGCUUAUCAUCUCGGAUUUACUGCUAUUUCACGUUUUAACGACUAUGUAACUGAUCUAGAAUUUAUUCUUAGUAGUGAUCUUAAUCCUACAUCCCACAUUAAGCAUAUUUGUUGUAAGGCUUUUAAAAUUCUGGGGUUUGUGUUAAGAUUAUGUAGGGAUUUUCAGUUAGGUCUAUCAUACAAGGUGCUUUAUUAUGCACUUGUUCGCCAUAUUGUUGAGUAUGGUGCCGUAAUUUGGGAUCUGUACGACCUCAAUGACUCUCUGAGGCUUGAAAGGGUUUAG